AUGGAUGUCUGGGUCAGACAGUUAGCAGUGAUGUCUCUGCUCGCUAUGGUUGAUGCUCAUCUGCCGAAGCCGGCACGGGCCCCUCUGGUUCUGCACAGGCCCUUCAUGGUUGUUUGGAAUGCACCAACGGAGCAGUGCAGGCUGCGGUACAAGGUGGACCUGGAUCUCAGUGUUUUUGACAUUGCAUCCAACAUCAAUGAGACUUUGAGUGGAUCCAAUGUGACAAUCUUCUACCACACUCAUUUGGGAUACUAUCCUUACUACUCAGAUAGCGGAGAUCCUGUUAACGGAGGGGUGCCCCAGAAUCAAAGUCUUAUCAAACACCUUAGUAAAGCAAAGUCUGACAUUGACUACUGCAUACCCAUGAAGAAAUUUCAGGGACUUGCAGUCAUUGACUGGGAAAACUGGAGGCCCCAGUGGGACAGGAACUGGGGCAAUAAAAGCAUUUAUAGAAAUAAGUCUCUUGAGAUUGUUUGGAGACGGCAUCCUCGGUGGUCAGAAGAGAAAAUUAGAAAAGUGGCUAAAGAAGAAUUUGAAAAUGCUGGCAGGAGUUUUAUGAACAACACCAUCCUUCUGGCUGAGCAUAUGAGACCAAAUGGUUUGUGGGGUUACUAUCUUUACCCAGACUGCUACAAUUAUGAUUACAAAGAACAUCCCCAAACAUAUACGGGGAAGUGCCCACCCAUCGAGUCUUUCCGCAAUGACCUCCUGCUUUGGCUGUGGAAGCAAAGCACUGCUCUCUACCCUUCUAUAUACCUGGAUUAUAUACUGAAAUCAAGUCCAAAUGCACUAAAAUUUGUUCACUAUCGGGUUAAAGAGGCAAUACGUGUUGCCUCAAUUGCUCGAAAAGACUACGUUUUGCCUGUGUUUGUUUACUCCAGACCAUUUUAUGCCUAUACUUUUCAAGUUUUAACAGAGACAGAUCUGGUCAAUACCAUUGGGGAAAGUGCAGCUUUGGGAGCAGCAGGAGUUGUUCUCUGGGGCAGUAUGAAAUACGCCAGCUCAAAGGAGAGCUGUUUAACUGUGAAACAGUACGUUGAUGGACCCUUAGGACAUUACAUCAUUAACGUGACCUCAGCAGCCAAACUCUGUAGUAAAGUCCUGUGCCAGAAGAAUGGAAGGUGUAUCCGUAAAAUCAGCAACUCUUCUGCUUACCUCCAUUUGUCACCCACUGAUUUUAAGAUCCGAAGCCAUCACUCAGAGAAGGGCCACAGGUUCCAGGUGACUGGUGAACCCAGCCUAGAGAGUAUUGAAGCCAUGAGGCAGAGAUUCGUUUGUCAGUGUUACCAGGGCUGGACAGGAAUAUUUUGUGAAUUGCCUGACCAAAGGCUGUUGGAGCACUGGAUUCAUGUAGUGUUCAGUAGAUCAAGAAAACAAAAGCUUUUUAUCUUCCUCUUAGGAGCCAUACAGCUUUUUCUGCUUUGUUCCACACACUAA